AAGCUACCAAUAUAUAGUUACACCAAUGCAAUGGCAGAUUGCAUAUACUCAAAGCUGUUAACUCCAUAUGUACUUUAUGGCAAUGGCAGAAAGAGAUUGUAGUAGAGGACCACCUUGUGAGGUCAUAAUUAUUAAGGCUUCGGUUGUAAGUGGUCCAAAACCAUCAGAAUCAUCAAUCUUAACAAGGCUGCAUGCAGGCUAUUUCAGAAUAAGCCUAUCUCUCAGCAGCCAUGCUUUGCUAUGGAAGAUUCUAAUGACCGAGUCUUACAGUAAUCAACCAACAGUCUGGCAAAUGUUUCGCAAGUUUCCUUCCGCUGCUUUUCUCUCCCUAUGGGGGCUUGCCAUUCUAACACAACUUUCCCUUUCCCUUCUUUACCUUGUUAAGUGUUUCUUUCACUUUCACUUGGUAAAGGCAGAGUUCUUGCACCAUAUAGGAGUUAACUUCCUCUAUGCUCCUUGGAUUUCAUGGCUUCUCUUGCUUAAAUCAUCGCCUGUGCCUGUUUCUUUCACUGCCCAUCUCUAUCCUGUUCUUUGUUGGGUCUUUGCUAUUCCUAUUCUGAUCCUUGAUUUAAAGCUGUAUGGACAGUGGUUUACGACAGAAAAGAAGUUCCUAUCUGCUCUUGCAAAUCCAACUAGCCAGAUGUCUGUGAUAGCCAACUUAGCUGUUGCAAUAGCAGCAGCACAAGCAGAGCAUAAAGAAGGUGCAAUUUGUAUGUUCUCGCUUGGGAUGGUGCAUUACUUAGUACUCUUUGUUACACUUUAUCAGCGUUUAUCGGGAAGCUAUUCUUUUCCUGCAAUUCUGAGGCCUGCAUUCUUCUUGUUCUUCGCUGCACCGAGCGUGGCAAGUUUAGCUUGGAAUUCUAUUUCUGGAACUUUUGAUAUGACAUCAAAGAUGUUGUUCUUUCUCUCUUUGUUCCUUUUCAUGUCUCUGGCUUGUAGGCCAUCUCUUUUCAAGAAAACCAUGAGAAAAUUCAACGUCGCGUGGUGGGCUUACUCUUUCUCAUUGACGGUCCUAGCUCUUGCCUCUGCUGAAUAUGCAAAAGAGGUAAAAGGUCACACAGCAUCUGGCUUGAUGCUAUUGUUAUCUGCACUCUCAGUUCUUGUUUUAAUUGGCUUGAUGCUACUCACUGCACUAAAUAUAGAUAGGUUUCUCUACCAAAAUGAUCCCAUGCUGUCUCUCGUUAAUAAUUAAAGAAUAAGGACUUGAACUAUGCUUUACUUAAUGAAGUGCAAAUCCUUACCUUUCAGUUUC